AGAUCUUUUCUGCGAUAAAAUGAAUCCUGUGCGCCUCUUCAUCUUUGCUGCUUUUCUAUGCAGCUGCCUUGCUUUGGAAUGCUACAGUGGUCAGACCGCCUUUGGAGUCGAUCUAGGCAAGUCCACGGAAACGUGUAAGAAUUCGAAUGACUACUGCUUCAACGCUACUAUUGAUAAGAUAAAUAUUAAGAAAUUCGGGUGCAGAUCAUCAUUGGAAUGUACGUUGGCUAACAACGAGUGCAUCAGCAAGGAGUUUGAUGGCUAUACUGGUGUGAAGUUUUGCUGCUUCUUUUGUGAGAACUUCGUCAUUCAACAGAAAAAGGAAGCAACACACGUACUAUGAGGCCUUGGUUUCAACAAACCUACCACAAUUUUGAGAAUAACCGGAUUUUUAUAGAUUAGAAUUAUGAAUGAGACUAGAAUUAAUAACAAGCUGGAGCCUUAAUUAGCGCAAUGUUUGUAACUACUGUAUGUUUGAAAGCUAUUUGGAAAUU